AUGGAACCCCAAAAUUUAUUAACAAAGUCUGCAAUUGAAGGAUUUGAUAACCUCUUGUUGACUUAAACCCAAUUUAUGACUUAGAAGAAAAAGGUAUUUUUGGAAGACAACAUAAAAUACGGGAAGGAAAUAGAUCGAGAUUAUAAUAAAUUAUAAGAUAUUCUUGAUAAUUUAUAAGGGAAGAUUGAUAAAAUUAUAAAAUCCUAAGAAGAUGACUUUAUGAUUGCAUAUAGAGAAUAAAUGACAGAAGUUCAAAAAGAAUUGAAGAACAUGAAGAGAAAAAUUGAUGAAGAGGCAUUGAGGUAGAAGGCAGAUGAGAAAAAGAGAAUUCUAGAGGAAGAAAGAGAUUAUUUUAAAUAAGAAGCCUUAAGAUUAGAUAAAUUGUGUUAGGAAUAAUUGAGAACUAUCGAAGAACUCAAAUUUAAAUUAAAGAUUACCUUAGAAGAAAAGCAAUAUUAUGAAGGCUUUGUUAUUGAUUCAAAAAAAGAGAAUAAGGCUUUGAAAUAUGAAUUAUUGUAUUUAUAUAAAUAAAAGAGCGAAGAACAAAAGGCAAUUACAAGACUGGGUUCAGGUGGAAAUGUUGGUUAAAGAAACAAAGCUAAGAAAAUGCUGGACAUGAGGCCAAUGACCUAAGAUGGCACUCAAGUGAGUUCAACUAAAGAUGAAAUUGGUGAGGGAUCUAAACGAGGGUUUUCAUCAAUCAAAUAAACUUAGAAGACUUAAUUUUCAAACAAAAUUUAAGAUUAAGGCUCUUCAUUAAAUGAUUUUUACAAAAGAGAAUUGUCUUCUUAAUAGUAAAGUAGACAGAAUCCAGAUAUGGAAUAGAUUGAAGAAAUCUCCAAAAAAGAUAUUAUCUCUGAUUUGAAAUUGUAAUUGUAAAAAGAAAAAUAAUAGACUUAGCAAUUGAAAGCAGAACUUUCAAAAUAAAAUUGUUAAAGAGGAGAAAUGGAAUAAAUAUUAUUAGAAUGCAUUGCUGAAACAAAAAAAGAAGUUCACUCUCGUUAGUGCUAACAAAAACAGGUUCUGAAUCAUAGAUAUUUGGAUCUAAAUCAUAAUUCAGGAGAUAUAAAUUUUACAUAAUUCACUCACACAGAUAAAAUAACAUUAUUAAGAAGAUAUAUAGAAAGAGAAGAAUUCUUAGAUUAAUUAUAUUAACUCACUUUUAACAAUUAACUAUAAAUUACUUCAUCACUUAAAUUAAAUGAAAAAUGGAAAAUGGAUGCAGAGGAAGCAACUAAAAAAUUCAAUACCUUUAAAACCUUUAAAUAUAAACACAUUACCAGUCAACCUAUAUUAAAAACUGCUCUUGUCAAGAAAAAUGAAUUAGUAACAUCAAAUAAUUUCACGGAUAAAACUAAAGGGUUAUAUUGA